AUGUCGUACAUUGGGGAUGAAAAAAAGCAAGGGGUUUUAACAGUGUACUGUAAGCGGAAGCAGGCAGUCGAUGACUUUGAGAUUAGAUGUAAAAAGUUUAAUAAUUGGGUUUCCAGACAAUCUUUACCCGUCAAGGCUGCCGUCGCAACCAUCACUGGCACUGUCCCAGGAGCUAUCAUGGGCGUUAUUCUGGAAACUCUUUUCGAAGGCUAUGGCUACUUUAGAGGGUAUAAACCUUUGGUACAGUCUUUUGUAGCAGGAGGACCCUUGGAAAAUGUACGAAACUUUGCUGUUUUUACCGGUGUUAAGUCCGGCAUAUCUUGUGUCAUGAAAAACUUAAGAGGCAAGGAGGAUGUCCAGUCAAGUUUUGUAGCAGGUUUUGGUUCCGGAGUCACGGUGUCACUUGUUAGUGGUAUGAGGGGCCCCAGUGUACUCUCAGUUGGCCUUGUCUUUGCUCUCGGGAGUGCUGGAUUAUUUAAGCUAGAGGAGAAAUACUCAGAGAAGGAAGACGUGUCACAUGAUAAGACACGAGGCGUGUUUUCUUGUAUGGGUCUUGGCCAUGAUAAUUAUCCAAUGAACUUUAAUAGCAGCUUGAUAACUGACAGCUACCUGGUGUUCGAUGAAAGGAAGUAUUCAUCUCCUUCCGACGAGACUUUCUACACGGCGAUGAUUUGA